AUGGCUGAUUCUAUUCUGAACUUCGAGGUUGCUCAUCCUGAAGACAAAAAGAUAUCAAAUGGGCUCUUGGCCAAUGUGAUGAACAGUUUUUCAAAAAGUAUAUCCGAUGAAAUGAUUGGAGGUAAUUUUCUGGAUUCAGAACUAGAAGAGGCUUACGAGUUUUUCAAGUACAACAUCACAGAACCGAACUUCUUCAUUUUAUAUGUGAAUGGAAGUCGCUGGGAAGUUGAGGAAAGAGUGCGUGAGACAAAAGUGGAAGGAGCUAAAAAUGCUACUCAAGGGGAGGUUCAUGAACAAACGGAACUCAUGAAGAACAUAACGAACAGAAUGAAGAUGUCCAUAGCCAAAGACCUGAUGGUGGGGGAAAAUCCUCUGGUGGUUGAGGCCACUUCCGGAUUUCAAAUGAAAGUCGAAAAGAGGCAUGUCGAUGAAGUGUCACGUGAAACCAUCGAAAACGAAGGAACGUCCGUUACCUUGCCGAGCUCUUGCGUUUUGCUGGGAAGGCCAAAAGACUGUCGGGAAAGCAGAGCGGCGGAAUCGGAGUCCUCUUCCGUUGGAUUAGUGGUAGUGAAAUGGUCUGGAAUCCUUGAAACCGAAGGCACGGAGGACGUGAACCUCAGCGCCGAUUCAAACACGUUGGAUUUUUCCCUCACAAACAGAGAUGGAAACAGCACUCUGGAGGUGAGGAACACCCCCGAACCAUUUGAGAUUUGUCUCGGGGUGUCUCAGUCUUCCGGGGACAAGGCAGGAAACAGGCUGAGGCAUGUGGUACCUUCGUUCGGCGACAAGGACGGUUUCCUAGUCUAUCAUCAACUAACCAUUGAUACGAGUAGCCCUGCGGUCAGAGUGGAAUUUGUUCCAGAUGAGAAAUCUUCGCCCUUCGUAUUCUUCUAUGGAAUUGGAUACAAGCCUUCCCUUUUGAUUUACGAUGACAGAGUGUUCUUAGCUGACUUGCAACCUGAAGGAGGUAAGGUGAAAAUAGUUCCUACUGCUUGUCAAAGGAAAUAA